AUGGGCAUCAAGCUUGUCAAGGAUGAUGCACACACCUUAGCGGUUCAGCGUUAUAUGCAAGGGUGGUAUCACCGAGAAAAAGCAGACAACAAAUGCACCCCAGAUAGUCCGGUCUGUGGUGCAAGUGGCACGCGUAGGAAAAAUCAAAAGAUUUUCGAUGCGAGGGUGAAGUUGGUCCCACCACGUGAGGUGGAUAUUCCUUCAACAUACAGUUCACUUCAUUCCUGGUCCAAAGAAAUCUGA